AUGAACAUGGCCGUGAUGGAGGAGGCCAUUGGUUACUUCGAGCAGCAGCUGGCGACCCUGCAGCAGCUCAGCGGAAACGAGUCGGUGCUGGACCGGGGCCGGGCCUACGGCAACCUGGGGGAUUGCUACGAGGCCCUGGGUGACUACGAGGAAGCCAUCAAACACUACGACCAGUACCUGUCUGUUGCCCAGAGUCUGAACCGGAUGCAAGACCAAGCCAAGGCUUACCGGGGCCUCGGAAAUGCACACAGGGCGAUGGGAAGCCUGCAGCAAGCCCUCGUGUGCUUUGAGAAGAGGCUGGUGGUGGCCCACGAGCUCGGGGAGGCCUUCAACAAAGCCCAGGCCUACGGCGAGCUGGGGAGCCUGCACAGCCAGCUAGGGAACUACGAGCAAGCCAUUUCCUGCCUGGAACGCCAGCUGAACCUUGCCAGGGAGAUGAAGGACCGGGCCCUGGAGAGUGACGCGGCCUGUGGCCUGGGGGGCGUCUACCAGCAGAUGGGGGAGUACGACAGAGCCCUGCAGUACCACCAGCUCGACCUGCAGAUCGCAGAAGAAACCAAUAACCCCACGUGCCAGGGCCGGGCCUACGGGAACCUGGGCCUGACCUACGAGUCCCUAGGCACCUUCGAGAGGGCCGUGGUCUAUCAAGAACAGCACCUGAGCAUAGCCGCCCAGAUGAACGACUUGGUGGCCAAGACGGUGUCCUACAGUAGCCUUGGGAGGACUCAUCACGCCUUGCAGAACUAUUCGCAGGCAGUCAUGUACUUACAGGAAGGUUUAAGGUUAGCCGAGCAGCUGGGACGAAGAGAAGAUGAGGCAAAAAUUCGUCAUGGGCUUGGCCUGUCCCUGUGGGCCAGUGGAAACCUAGAGGAAGCCCAGCACCAGCUUUACAGGGCAUCAGCCUUGUUCGAGACCAUCCGGCACGAGGCGCAGCUGAGCACGGACUACAAACUCUCUCUGUUCGACCUGCAGACGUCUUCCUACCAGGCCUUGCAGCGGGUGCUUGUCAGUUUAGGCCACCACGAUGAAGCCCUGGCGGUGGCUGAGAGAGGCAGGACGAGGGCGUUUGCUGAUCUUCUGGUAGAACGACAGACAGGCCAGCAGGGCUCCGACCCCUACUCCCCCGUCACCAUUGACCAGAUCCUGGAGACGGUCAACGGGCAGCGGGGGCUGGUGCUUUACUACUCCCUGGCCGCCGGCUACCUGUACAGCUGGCUGCUCGCUCCAGGGGCAGGGAUUCUGAAGUUUCACGAGCACUACCUGGCUGACAGCGUGGUGGAGGUGGAUAACCCCAGUGACUUCCAAGCAGGCAGCAGUGUGACACUUCCAAUGGCAACCAGCUCGGCCCUGGAGCAGCACAUCGCCAGUGUCCGGGAGGCCCUGGGCGUGGAGUCUUACUACUCCAGGUAGGGAGUGACACUAUAGAGGAACUCUCGUGACACUCACUCUUCAGCACUCGCUCUUUGCACGGUUGCUGCAGCAGAAACAGGUGUGUGUCCGGCCUGCAAGCUCCAGGA